CCGCCAGUCGUUGAUAUCAUCUCCUGCAAAUUCCGCAAUCCUUUUCUUUCGGCGACUUGCGGUUCUGAUUUUCCAUCCCAGCCUUGCAGCUCAUAAAGUUUGUUGUACGAAACUGAUUGCUUUUGCUGAAAAUUCCAGCCAGCCACAUAUAUUGACAUCAUAUAUCUCGCCGGCUGUUGCAAUCAACUUGGAUAAGUGGACAAAUAAUCGACGGCUGAAUUGAUAGUUCCUAUUAUUGCUUGAACCAAAAAAGAGAGCUGCAUUAGCAGUUUAUCAGGUUUUCAGGACACUGACGUGGGUGGUGGAUGGACUAUUCGCCACGUUGUGGUAUUUCAGAAAUUUUUGUUGCAGUAUCGACCUGAGGACUCUGUUGAGGGUGAAUAUGUCUGGCCGGGCGACCCGCGCAUCUGCUGCCAAAGCAACAGCAGCAAUAUCUUCAUCGUACAACAGCAAGCCGCAAGCUCAAUCAACCUCUGAAGCUUCCAAGGUAACAAGAAAGCGAACUCAAAAGCCAGCCUCCAGGCCCUCCGCUUCAGGAAGUGCGGCGCGCCCAAAACCAGCGCCACGGAGAAAAGUCAAUGCUGCCAAAACAAUCUCGAUAAAUGGCUCGGCUCCAGAGGCCGAUGUCCCUACCACUGAGGCUGCUCAGGAUGGUGAAACAAGUGAAAACAUCACAUUGGCAAGAGCAGGAGACGCAUCUGCUCGAUCCCCGGACGACAUUCCUGAUGAGGCAUUGGCCUCUGCCAAAACUGUCCCGGGUAAACGAAAGCGCAAGAGCACGGUCAAGAUUGAGGAUGAUCCUAACGAACUUCCACAUAAUCUUGGGAAGCUUGAGAGCCCAAUCAAGUCAGACGCUGCCAAGCAAAAGCGCGGCAGAUUCGCCAUUAAGGCUGAGGAUGUUUUCGAGACAAAAGCCAUUGUUGAGAAAGCAUCGUCCAACAUCAAUGGUACUGAUAAGGCGGUUUCACCAAAGAAAGCAGGCAAAGGAAAUCCAUAUGGCCUGACACCAGGCAAAUCGCCUUUCCCCAAUUGGCCGCAUCCGACACCUGAGGAAUGUGCCGAUGUUGUGCGCCUUCUAUCCUCUAUUCAUGGGGAGGUGAAGGCUCCUGAAACUAUCCCGCCACCAUCCGUCACUGUUUCAGGAUGCGGCGAGGUGCCGUCAAUUUUAGAUGCACUUAUCCGGACGCUCCUCAGCGCAGCCACGACCGGAACAAACUCUUCUCGCGCAUUUCAAGGGCUUAUCCAAAAGUUUGGCAUUUUGCAAGAAGGUAUCGGUAAAGGAAGUGUAGACUGGGACAAAGUUCGGCUUUCCGACACCAAGGAUAUAUUUGAGGCGAUCAAGUGUGGAGGCCUCGCCGACACGAAAAGCAAGAAUAUCAAGGCGAUUCUCGAAUUAGUUCAUGAGCAGAACAAAGCUCGUCGAGACGCCCUCGUCGAGGCAAAGAAGGAGAACCAUGACGAUGAAGAAAAAGGCCCAGCCGGAGUUGAGAAUGAGACAGAUGCGCAGAAGGAAGCAGAAAUUGCCCGGGCCGAAAAUCAUGUCCUCUCCUUGGAUCAUCUACACGCGCUCUCUUCCGAUGACGCGCUAAAUGAACUUAUCAAGUUCCCGGGCAUCGGGCCCAAGACAGCUUCCUGCGUGUUAUUGUUCUGCAUGCGGCGACCUAGUUUCGCGGUAGAUACCCACGUCUUCCGGUUGUGCAAGUGGCUGGGAUGGGUACCCUCUGAUAAGGCUACGAGGAAUACCACAUAUAGCCACUGUGAUGUGAGAAUUCCGGAUGAGUUGAAAUAUCCCCUCCAUGCGCUGUUCAUUCGCCAUGGCAAAACUUGUCCUCGUUGUCGUGCAAGUACGGGCCAGAGUAGUGAAGGAUGGGGGAAAGGAUGUCCCAUUGAGCAUUUGGUUAAGCGAUCAGGGAAGAGAAAAGGAGGUGCGGAUCUGAGUCCAACGAAGAAGAGAAAACGCGUGAAGAAGGAAGAGGAGAGUGAUGAGGACGAGGGAGAAGAUGACAUGGCGUUAGAUGGUGAUGACGAUGAGGAUCUAAGUGAUGUUCCUGACGACCUUGAUGACGAUGACGCGUGAUCGCGUUUGGUCGCGUUCUUGGAUAUUGGAAAUUUGCCGUGUCGUUGUUUGAGCGUGCUCUUUCUAGAAUUAGCAAUGUUGCUCUACGCCUAGCCUGGUAUACUACGAUGCUCGAUUUCAUUGCAUGUUGCAAGGAGAAACGGCUUGAAAAGGAUGA